GCGGCAAUCGAUGGGAUCACUUCUUAGACAAUGUAACCCCUGUCGAUUGUGUGAAACAGGCGUUGCAACUCGACUUUGCGUUUCUUGAAAGCCACAUCAGCACUGCCGACUGGUGCCCGCCUUUAAAGGCCAGGGCGUGCUCAGACCACACCUGCGAGAGUUCCCCGAUCAGCUAUGGCCUCUGCGCUCUCCUCGCUGCAGAUAUCUCCACCGGCCCCUCCCCUGAGGACCCCUAGCGCCGCUUGCAGACACAUCUGCGACCCCAGCUCGGCCACUGGGAGGCCUAGGCAGCGAGGGACGGCCUGUCGCUCCACCUGCAGCUCGGCCGAUGAGGCGCCCAGACGGCUGCGGCGCUGCGUCUGCCGCUCUGCUCCUGAUGACCUGCCCGCCAGCAAUGCAGCCGUUGCGGACUGGGCGGCGCUCAGCUUCAAGGAGGUGGCACACACCAACCUCACCAAGGCCUGCCUGCUGAUAGCUCUGGAGGAGGAGGCGGCGGCGCAGGCGGCCUGCGCCGAAGCCGAGGGCCUGAGCGCCGACGGCGGCGCGCUGCUAGGGAGCGUGGGCGCCGCCUCCACCUGGAGCCUGGACCGCAUGCAGAGCCUGGCCGAGGAGGCCACCCGCGCCUUUUACGCCAACCUGCAAGAGCUGGGGGUGGCCGACGCAGUGCUGCUGGCCGCACAGCAGGAUGCGACCGACUCUGCUCUGCUCACGCUGCACAUUGACAUGGUCCGCAGCUAUCCCACACAGCUCAUCCUGGCCGUGAACCAUGUUCUCUACACCAGGCACGGCUACCGCCGGCGAAGGCAGCACGGCGACCCGCUGGACUCCCGCUUGAGCAACGUGCUGGAAAACGGCAAUGGCAGCCCCGGCUCGCUGGCGGUGCUGUAUCUGGAGCUGUGCUCGCGUCUCAGCCUGCCGCUGCAGCCGGUGGCGCUGGAGGGCGGCAGGUACUUUGUGCUCAUGCCCGCCGACGACAGCAUCAGCCUCAAGGUGGCGGGGGAGAGCAUCGUGAUUGAUCCCUACUCUGAGGGCAUGCUGCUGAGCGUCAGCGAGGUGAAGGAGCUGUUUGAGGUGCAGGGCGAGCUGCGGCCCUGCUACAACGCCGCCAUGCUGGCCGGCAUGCUCAAGGUGCUGUGCGACAGCUACUGGUGCAUCGCAGUGGGCUGCCCGCCGGAGCCCAUCUGGGCGGUUCCCAUUGCUAUAGAGGUGGCGCUGGGCGAGUACCGGGAUGUGGAGGUGGAGACGAGCAGCGGGGAGGACGAGGGCGGCGAGUACUUUAAGGUCAUCUUCACGGAGCCAGAGGCAGCGGGGCAGGCGAGUCUGGUGGUGGUGGUGGUGGUGCGCAGCGGCAGCCAGCAGUGGUGGCCGGCGCGAGGCCACCACCUGCAGCGGGCGCUGGCCGCGGCACAGAAGCGCGCCUGGCUGCUGCCAGAUGACCUGACCGCGCAGCUGGAGUUUGGCCUGCUGCUGUUCUUCGACAAGCAGUACGAGGAUGCGUGGCAGGAGCUGGGCUGCGUGCUGCAGGCGGCCAAGAGCGAGGCGGCGGCGCGGCCAGCGGUGCCCACAUUCGACCCAGAGGAUAUUGCAGGGCUGGAGGUGCUGGUGGAGAAGGCGCGGCUGAUGCUGGUGCUGGCCGAGCCCGCCGCCACCGAUUCAUAGCGCCGCAGGGCCGCAGCGGCUGUGCCUGUGACUUUCCUCUCCCUGCAAUCCCUUGCCGCACUUCGACCCAGUUUUGGCUACCCGUCCCUACGGCUGUGAACUGGCAGCAUCCCUUCCUGUACGUGAACCUGCCAUUUAU